AUGGUGCGCUCGCUGCCGAAAAAGAACAACCCGUUUGUCAUUCCCGAUGCGGCACCUCCAUACGAAGAAUUGCUUAUGCGCCGCCGUCUGGGGAAGACUAAUCUCGCUGUCAAACCCACCCAGGUGGGAACAUCAAAUGCGACCAAGCCAGAAAACCUUGGGCCGUUUGAAUAUGCCCACCUGCGCGCACCCCUUCCCAAGGACUUGAAAGGGUCUGAGAUCUUUCCCUCGCACUCCCCGCAACAGCACCCAGAGACAUACUUUUUGAUGCGACGAAGCAAGGAUGGCUACGUGAGCGCGACCGGCAUGUUCAAAAUUGCUUUCCCGUGGGCCAAGCUCGAGGAAGAACGGUCUGAACGCGAAUAUCUGAAGUCGCGCGAAGAGACAAGCGAAGACGAGGUUGCCGGAAAUGUUUGGAUCUCCCCAGUUUUAGCCCUUGAGUUGGCAGCGGAAUACAAGAUGUACGAUUGGGUCCGCGCCCUCCUCGACCCUACAGAUAUCAUCCAGAGUCCAUCUAGCGCAAAGAAGCAGAUCACGCCCCCUCCUAGGUUCGACCUGCCACCCAUCCAAGCUCCCGAGGCACUUGUCCCCGCCUCCCGAACGAGAAGCCGUCGAUCUGCUUCUCCUAGCAAGAAAGCAGGCACCCCACGCAAGCCGCCUAGGCAAACGAAGGCACAGAAGGAGGCCGCCGCGGCAGCCACCAACGAGGCCAAUGCGACGCUUCAGAGUGCUCUGGACGACACAGUUUCAAAUGCUGAUGGCGAGGUGAACGGAGACGUGUUGCCCAGUGUGGAAGAAGACAAAGAAGAGCCGGUAACAUCGCCUGUUAAAGGAAAGAAGAUUACUAGCAAGACCAAGAAACAGACCGCCCCCGAGGAUGACUUGGAGGACGAUAAGGUCAAGAUUGAUAUCAAGUCGGAUGCCGUCGAAGGAAGCGGUGUUCAGACAGCUCAGACAACAAUCUCGGUUGAAAUGCCCAUUUCUCUGCCUGAAGCUCCGUCUGCUGAGGACACCCAAGAGAUGAUUGCAAAGGCGAAGGAAAUGGUCAAGGAGGCCGUGAAGCUUCAGGAGGGACCCGGGGAGUCAUCAGCAGCUGCUAAGAAACGUGGAGCUGGAGAAGCAGAGCUUAGUGAGGAAGAAGAUGAGGAGACCAAGACAUUGCGGACGAAGCGGUCUAAGGUGCUUGAGGAGAAGCUGAAGCGUGAGCGCGUUCGAAACCGCGCCCUUGUGGGCGUGACUGCAGCCUUCGCCUUAGCGUAA